UAUUCUGCACGUCACUCCAAAUAAUGGCAACAGCCUAAUGGAUAACCAAACAACCAUUAAGAACUUGUAUAUUGUAGCAUUUUUCAAUAAAGGAGAGACACAACCAUUUCUGUUUGCUGGCUUUUUCUCAAUGUACUUGAUUGUUGUGUUAGGAAAUGUUGUUAUUAUUACAGUAAUAUUUAUUGAUGCUCACUUACAGACUCCAAUGUACAUCUUUCUCUGUAAUCUGUCAUGUGCAGAUGCUUUUUUUACUACUAUCACGCUAUCUAAACUGCUUGAUAUAUUGUUAACUGGAAACAACUCUAUAUCCUUCAUACAUUGCUUUAUCCAGAUGUACUUUUUUGUAUUUAUGGCUGGAACAGAGGUUCUUUUGCUGUCUAUCAUGGCAUAUGAUCGUUAUGUUGCUAUAUGUUAUCCUUUACAUUAUACUUUUAUUAUGACUGUGAAAAAAUGUAUCCUGUUCUUGUCAAGCACCUGGAUAUUUGCAUGCAUGAAUGCAUGUUUUUUUAUAACUUUUGCUAUAAAAUUAUCUUUCUUUUCAAAUAAGAUUAAUAAUUUCUUUUGUGAUAUUAAAGCUGUUGCAAAAAUAUCCCAUACCGAGGUGAAAUUCCACAUUGUAAUUUUUGGAGAGGCACUGGUUUUUGGACUAUUUCCAUUUUUGCUAAUUGUAGCAUCAUAUACAAAAAUAAUCUCAAGUCUUUUAUAUAUUCGAUCUAAAAAUGGUAGGAUGAAAAGCUUUUCCACAUGUACCUCACAUUUCAUAGUCAUUAUCAUGUUCUAUGGUACAGUUCUAUGGAUGUACAUGAGACCCCCCUUGGAUCAUUCAGAAGAACAGGAUCCAAUAUUCUCUGUUCUGUAUACAGUCGUGACUCCCAUGGUAAAUCCUUUUGUCUACAGUUUAAGGAAUAAAGAGGUUAAGGAGGCUCUGAAAAGGAUUGUGGAAUACAGACAUACAGAUAAAAACUGA